CUAUCCCAUCCUCAAAUGUCAACCGGGUCGAAUUCAGAUCGAAAAAGAAGUGAAUUUUGAGAUUGAUUUGUGCAAAUUUAUGGCAGAAAUAAAUUAAUUAGCUGUUUUAUAGUGCUGCGUGCCAGAUCAGUUGACCGGAGGUCAAAGGAUUGAUUAGCGUUUGCAGUAGCGUGAACUUUUUAACCUUAAACUAUGGAAUUGAACUCCUGUUAAAUUUCGUCGCUCGUUCAUUGAUGUUUUGUACCGUUCCUCAGCUGAUCCGAUCUGGUGAUGAUUAGCAUCAGCUGAAACUGUGCAACUUGUCCUUUGUCCUUGCGCGGGGGAAGGCUGUACUGAAUUUACCGAGCUACUGCGAUAAGAAUGGAAUUUGCUGAUUCAGCCGUCACUGGGGAAAUGUGCUAUCUUACACCGCCGCCCGGUUCGGCACCGGAUAUGGGCGGAAAGCUGAAGCAGAACAGCAGGGACCGGAGGACGGACGAAAACGAAGACCCCGGACGGUAUGCGUAUGCCGGGGAUGAUCCACCUCCUUCCGUCGGGCCGUUGGCUGAGGCAGAGGAGGAGGAUGAUUACGGUCUGGAGGAGGUUUACCGGACGGUCGACAGUCAGCGGUCGGUCGUCCAGUGGAUUAAUGAUGACGAUGAAAUUGAGCGGCUGGAUUUGUCGCUGUCGAUCGAUCCGGGCACCAUCGUGUUCAAUCGGGUGGACAGCGCGGAUAUUAUCUACCAGGCCAAGCGGAAAAAGUGCAAACUGGUUGGCAAGUACGUGAUGGGGGAUGUUCUUGGUGAGGGAAGCUACGGUAAGGUGAAGGAGGUACUCGACUCGGAGACGCUCGCCAGGCGAGCGGUUAAGAUUCUCACCAAGCGCAAGCUGCGACGCAUUCCAAACGGAGAACAGAACGUUCGGUGUGAGAUCAACCUGCUGCGGAAGUUGCACCACCACAACGUUAUCGAGCUGCUCGAUGUUCUGUACAAUGAGGAGAAGCAGAAGAUGUACUUGAUUAUGGAGUACUGCGUCGGGGGACUGCAGGAGAUGCUGGACUCGGUUCCGGAGAAGAAGCUGCCACUGCAUCAGGCGCACGGUUAUUUUGUACAGCUGCUGGAUGGGCUGGAGUAUCUGCACGGGAUGGGAAUCGUACACAAAGACAUCAAGCCGGGCAAUCUCCUGCUGACGUUGGAUUACAUAUUGAAAAUUUCCGACUUUGGCGUGGCUGAGGCACUAGAUGUUUUUGCUUCGAAUGACGAUUGCACCAACGGACAGGGAUCACCCGCUUUCCAGCCGCCAGAGAUUGCUAACGGACACGAAGUCUUCUCCGGUUUCAAGGUGGACAUUUGGAGCACGGGAGUUACGCUUUAUAAUAUAACAACGGGAUUGUACCCAUAUGAAGGUGAUAAUAUAUACAAAUUGUUAGAAAAUAUAGGCCGAUGCCAGUGGGUUGCACCUGAAUGGUUGGAAGAGAGGUUAGCCGAUCUGUUGACCAACAUUCUACAGGCGGAUCCCGCGAAUCGAUUCAGCUUGCAGCAAAUUAGACACCACCAGUGGUUCAAGUGUGUCCCGGUUGCCGCAGGCCGCACCGUUCCAGUUCCUCCUCUCAAAGGAGACUCACUCCGACGUUCCACAGUUUUACCUUAUCUGGAAGCUCAUCACUACGAGGCAGAUCGGGAUUUGACCAACGUGUACUUCACCGAACAUGACAUCAACGAGGAGUUAGCACGUCAGCAGCAGUCGGAAGUUUCACUGGAUCCUAGCUGUACACAUGGGCUGGAAUCGGUUUCGUACAAUUCAGACGAUUACCAACAUCAGCACCACCCUAACCAGCAUCGCCACCAUCACCACCACCGCCACCACCACCAUCACCUUUCCCUGCCCCAUCAACAGCAGCAGCAGCAAUAUCAAAACAACAGCAGUGCCAAUGCCAGCUACUCCGGUGAAGGUGCUGGCGAUGCGGACAGCGGACGGCAGCACCGAAAACUGCGCAGUUUUUCCCUUUCCCCGAAGGUUAGCUCGCGCCACGCGACGACGGCAACGUCGUCCGUCAGUGAGGCCGGUUCCAAGCGGGUACGCUCGCGAAAGCCCGUAUCCUGCAUAUCGUGGAAAAAGUGGCCCCACUGUCGACAAUCGUGAAGAACUAGACUAGCGCUUUUCUUGCUGCCAUUCGCCCGUUUUUGCAACGGGAAAGAACACUUUGUUUUAGGAUAGGGAAAAACUGCAAAUAACAAAAGGCAAUAUUUUACUAUUUUCCGGGACUAGUAGUACCUUCUUUUUCUUGCACAGGAAAGUCGGAAGUCAAUGCCUUGUAAGUUAGCCAGCGGAAGAACAAUUUGCGAAUAGAGAGAGAUUUUAUAAUCGUUUAUUAUUGUCGCGCGGAUUUGAUUUUUUUUCCAGUCCACACAACUUUUUAACGUUCCUUUGUCCUGUAAAUAGGCUAAAUUAAUGUAGAUAGUAGUGUUUGAGAAGGAUUAGAACAAGUAUUACGUCUCUCAGUUUGCUUGGUCAAAAAAUACAAUAACGCAUUGACCAGGCAACUAAUAGAACAAUAAAUUGAAGACAAGCUUAA